AUGAGCUUGAGCCCGACCAGCAUUCGUGUCCGCCUUUCUUCGUCGCACCAUGACUUGACAUAUCAAUGGACCGACACCGAGCUCAUCGUUGCGCACGACCGAAAGAAAGACAAAGCCUCCAAGCAGGUUAAAUCCCACCGUAUACCCCAUGAAAAUGUACUGCGCGUCUCUUAUGAUCCCAAAGGCUCGAGUCUAUCGGUUUCAUACAUCAAACCCAAGAAGAAGAAGAAACCCGCGUCGCUAGUGGUUCUAACUGGCGCGGUUCAGGAUGGUGAAGAGAAGGCGGCAGCAGAGAACUGGGCAGAGACUGCCAUGAAGUGCCUAUACGACAACCGUGGUAUCAAGCCAGCCCGACGUCUGCUCGUUUUCGUCAAUCCUCACGGAGGCAGCGGCCGAGCAGUCAAGAUUUUCAACAAGACUGUAAAACCUAUCCUCCAAGCUGCUGGUUGCUCGCUGAAGGUCAUUCAAACCGAACGACAUAAACAUGCGUACGAGGUUGUCAAGGCUAUGGACCUGGAAUACGAUGCCAUUGUCACUGUGUCUGGCGAUGGGCUGGUUCAUGAAGUGCUUAACGGACUCGCCCAACACGCUCAGCCGCUCAAGGCAUUGACCACGCCUGUCGCUCCCAUUCCGGCUGGCUCUGGGAACGGUCUUUCACUCAACCUUCUUGGGCUAGACAAUGGGUUUGAUGCUACCCAAGCGGCACUGAACGCAGUCAAAGGGCGUCCCAUGCGCAUAGACCUUUUCUCUGUCGUUCAGAAUGGCAAACGGAGCAUAUCUUUCAUGUCUCAAUCUCUGGGUUUAAUGGCAGAUCUUGACCUCGAUACGGAACACCUUCGCUGGAUGGGAGAUACCCGUUUCAUGUAUGGUUUCUUACGUGGUGUCCUUGCAUUUGAAGCUUGCCCGGUUCAACUGUCGAUAAAGGUGGCCGAGAAGGACAAGGACAAGAUGGCUGAAAUCGCACAUGCCCGAAACCAGGAAGUCUGUGUAUGCAAUUUGGAAGAUGAUAAAACCGCUGCAGCGCACGCAUCGCUCCCGGCGUUAAGAUACCUUCCAGACGAUAACGAUGGUUGGUAUACCAUAGAUGAACCCAUCUUAUUCGUUUAUGCUGGGCAGGGCCCUUAUGUGGGAAGGGACUACAUGGCAUUCCCCGUUUCGCUACCGGACGACGGCUUGAUUGAUAUUGCUGCAAUGCCACUCUCCUCCAGAAAGGAUGCCCUCGCCAACAUCUCCACUGCACCAACAGGAGAGUGUUUCUGGUUCCCUAAACUUCAUUACUUCAAGGCUGAAGCGUACAGAAUAAAGACUCUCGGAAAGAAAGGCAACUUGUCGAUUGAUGGGGAGCGUUUCCCCUUCGAAGAGUACCAGGUGGAGGUCCACCCAGGCCUUGGAACCCUUCUCAGCCCUCACGGUCGGUUUGUCGCAGAGUUCAAACCUCGGUCUGCCUCCAAGUAG